UAGAGAGCGGCUGGAGCCAGGCGGGAGCGCGAGGUGCAGGAGGCCGGCGCGAGGCGGGCGAGCCACGGGAAGCAGGCACCAUGGUGCUGUCGGUGCCUGUGAUCGCGCUGGGCGCCACGCUAGGCACUGCCACCAGCAUCCUUGCGCUGUGUGGGGUCACUUGCUUGUGCCGGCACAUGCACCCCAAGAAGGGGUUGCUGCCGCGGGACCGUGAGCCGGACCCGGAGAAGGCGAGGCCCGGUGUGCUCCAGGCGGCCCAACAGUUCAACGUCAAAAAGUCCACGGAGCCUGUCCAGCCCCGACCUCUCCUUAAGUUCCCGGACAUCUAUGGUCCCCGGCCAGCUGUGACGGCCCCAGAAGUUAUCAACUACGCAGACUACACCUUGGGGACCACAGAGGAGUCUGCUGCACCUGCUAGCCCCCAGGCCCAGAGAGACAGUCGCCUCAAGAGGCAGGUCACAGAGGAACUGUUCAUCCUCCCUCAGAAUGGUGUAGUAGAGGAUGUCUGUGUCAUGGAGACCUGGAACCCAGAGAAGGCUGCCAGCUGGAACCAGGCCCCCAAACUCCACUUUCGCCUGGACUAUGACCAGAAGAAGGCUGAGUUGUUUGUGACUAGCCUGGAAGCUGUCACCAGUGACCACGAAGGAGGCUGUGACUGUUACAUCCAAGGCAGUGUGGCUGUCAAGACCGGCUCCGUGGAGGCACAGACAGCUCUGAAGAAACGGCAGCUGCACACAACCUGGGAGGAGGGCCUGGCCCUGCCUCUGGAUGAGGAAGAGCUCCCCACAGCUACCCUGACCCUCACCCUGCGGACCUGUGACCGAUUCUCCCGACAUAGUGUGAUUGGGGAACUCCGCCUGGGCCUAGAUGGAGCAUCUGUACCCCUGGGGGCAGCACAGUGGGGUGAGCUGAAGACCACAGCAAAGGAAACAUCUGCAGGGAUGGGGGAGGUCCUUCUGUCAAUCAGCUACCUCCCAGCUGCCAAUCGCCUCCUGGUGGUGCUGAUUAAAGCCAAGAACCUCCACUCCAACCAAUCCAAGGAGCUUCUGGGCAAGGAUGUCUCUGUCAAGGUGACCUUGAAACACCAGGCUCAGAAGCUGAAGAAGAAACAGACAAAACGGGCCAAGCACAAGAUCAACCCCGUGUGGAACGAGAUGAUCAUGUUUGAGCUACCGGAUGACCUGCUGCGGGCCUCCAGUGUGGAGCUGGAGGUGCUGGGCCAGGGCGAGGAGGGGCCAAGCUGUGAGCUGGGCCACUGCAGCCUAGGCCUGCAUGCCUCGGGCUCUGAGCGCAGCCACUGGGAGGAGAUGCUAAAAAACCCACGCCGGCAGAUUGCCAUGUGGCACCAAUUGCACCUGUAGUUGGCCGCCUGCCACCGGCCACUGACCGUCUUUCUUGGACACAGUCAUCUUCCAGGCUCAGCUGUCAGUCAUCCCCUCGUGCCCUCCACAUGCCUACACUCAAAGACAGAUGCAGACAUGUUGGCUGAGGCCAGGACCUCAUUCCUCUCUUACUGUAUUCCCAAUACUGAAAAGUGAGCAGCAUCACCAGGACAAUGAGUGAGAUUGGCAUGUCGGGUCACUCAGAAGACUGAGUCUUGUCAUCUGUGUUAUGGAAAAAGAUGUGUGUCAGAUACACUCAGUGAGCAGUUCCUGCUCACAUUGAUCUAAAGCAGCAGUUCUCAACCUGUGUCACGACCCUCUAUCUCCAAAAAUAUUUACAUUAUGAUUCAUAACAGUAGCAAAAUUACUGUUACAAAGUAGCAAUGAAAACAAUUCUGUGGUUGGAGAUCACCAAAACACAAGGAAUUUUAUUAUAGGGUCACAGCAUUAGGAAGGUUGAGAAUCAUUGGCUGGCCAGCAGGUCCCUGGACCACUGGGGGGUCAUGUUACAUUGAUUCUCUGAGUGGGAUACACAAGGCAUCUGUCCUUAACUAGCCCGGGGUUCUGGAGCAGAGCAGGAAGGGCUGCACUUGAUGAGAUCCCUUCCACACUACCCAGGCAGCCUUUCCAGCCCUGACCUCCAGGAGCUCAGCACCAGGGCAGUAUGAAGACAGAAACACUCUGCUUACUUUAUUUCUCCUUUUUUAUAUUUCUGCUGUUCGUAUUCCACUCUUGGCUAUAUUGUGUGUUUUGACUGUUUUAUUUAAGAAAUCAGAGUGGGUUUUGUUUGUUUGUUUGUUUUUUAUCACACGUGGAGUGUCCUUUCCCUGGCAUGCUCCCGUGGAGUUGGUCUACUGCAUUCUGAGGACAGCUGUCAAGUCACCCACCCAGCUGACUCCGUGUGACAGACCUGUCCUUCUCAGUAUGGCUGUACUUCAGGAAGAAGCAAUCCUGAGCUUGACUUGUUCCAUCUGGCUGUGGGAAUGAGGAGGCGGAUGAACUUUAAAGAGGAAACAUGGCCUCUUGAAAACAUGCCUCCCUUCAGUUUGGGGGACAUGGCCCUUUAACUUGGAAAUGACAAAAAAGCUAGGUUUGGUUGCUCCUGUUGAUGUUUCCAAUAGAUGCCCCACUAGGAAUCAAAUGUAAGUAGCUAGCUAGCUGCAGGAGUAGAUAGUUGUGAGCCAGAAUUCGGGUUGUCAGUUACUUCCUUGCUCCACAGCGCCUCAGUGUGGCCACCUGUAGCACAGCACCAAUGUCAUGGGAGCUUGCCAGUCCAACUUCAGAAGGUAAGCAAUGAGGCAUCUUAGCAGGCAUCAGUUGUCACUAUUCACUUGAUGGCACUUCCUGGCUCCCUCCAUUGGCUGUGCUUUUUCUCCAAAACCUCCUCUGUAAAUUGCUCAGAGAUGUUAGACUGGUGAACCAAAAACUUUCAGUCACCUUUCACAUCGGCUUAGCCUGUUUCCAGCCAUGCUUGUGAGUCACCUCCGAAUCCGUUUGGUAAGGAACCUAUCUAUGUCUUUGCCAGGGAAUGUUUUCUGGCAAGAGGUGGAAAUAAAGUGAGAGGCCAUUACAGGCUGGGGUACUGCGGGGCAAUUAGGAGUUCACCCCAGUCUCCUGUGAAUCCCCUCCCAAUGUCAACUAGGUAUCUAUUUGUUGAGUGUCCGCCGAGACCUUGCAUGUGUCUGUCCAUUCUGAUUAGAGGAGGCUCUGGGGGUCGAGUGAGCAUCGUAUCACCUUAACGGAAACAACAGAUAAGAGGAGCCGGGGGAUGCUGUUCAGGUCAACAGCUCUCAGAAAUAAAGCGGCCCGGGCGUAGGGAGCAGUGUCUGAACUGAACUGAGGCGGGAAUCUUUGGAGGAGAAAGUUAGUCCUGUGGAAUGUUUCUGCCCUCCCUGUUUCCUGUUGUUAGAUGCUGUGUGUUCAUUAUGCCGUCCCAAAUCAAAGCACAAAACGACGCAUGAGACAUUGUGGUCACAUGUCUGGUUACACUUUGGAGCACAAAUCUUACAGUGGUAAAUAAAUCAUUUCCAAUUGGUUUGGCAGCCUGGUGUUUCUCUUUGUUCCUUUUUGUUACUAUUUUAGAUGUACAAAAUUCAGAAAAAAAAUCUUGUGUAUCAAGCACCUGUGGACCUCUGCCAACUUCAACAAACCUACUCCAGUUGAAUUUCGCUCGCUCUAGUGCCCUAUACUGAGAAGACCAAGAUUUUACAUUCUGAUUUGUUAUUCUAAGCUUUCCUUUAUAUUUUUACUAGAUGAACAUUUGAUCCCUGAGCACUAGUACUUGUGUUUUUUCAAGUUUUACUUCAAUUCUUAAAUUGUAUCACACUUUUUUUUUGUUCAACGUUUAAAAUUUUAAGCUU